GAAUGUCCUUCAUAGCGUUGGAACGUUGUCAAUGGAGUUCCCGGAUAUUGUUUGGUUUAGGUUAAGUACACAUUGACGUAUUUAAUGUCAUUCACGAAUAUAGAUAUAAACUACUAAUCGCUAUGACCAUGUCCACAAAGAUUAAAAUUUAAUUCCUUUUCCUUCCUUUCUCGACUGAAGUACAGUUGGUGUCGAUUUCGGCGCACCCUAUAUUUACGAGGACCGGUUCGGCUGUUUCAUUCAGUGCUUGCUUGCAGACGCGACGCGACGCGACAGCCACAGUCCGCUCUCGAGCGACGACGCACAGAACAAACAAUACGCUUGCAAUAUUUCGUUGCAUUGUUUAACUUAUACUUAAUUCUACGAAGUGAUAUUACUGUGUUUUUUUUUACGUAGAAGAUGUCCGAUAAUUCUGAAAACAAUUGGUUUACAAACGGCAAGAUGGCGACUGUGGAGCGGCUGCUGCAUCCGCUGCACCAGAAGGCGGACGACACGGGCAGCAAAGUGACCGUGGUGGGCGCAGGCCAGGUCGGCAUGGCCGCCGUCUUCUCCAUGCUCACACAGGGCGUCACCAACAACAUCGCGCUGGUGGACGUGGUGCAGGACAAGCUGCGCGGCGAGAUGAUGGACCUGCAGCACGGCUGCAUAAAUUGGAAUAGCGAGCGAUGA